GAGAGAGAGAGAGAGAGAUAUGAGUGAGAAUGGUGGAGGAAAAGAAGCUCUUCCCUUGUUUGAGACAAAAGCAGCGAAGGGUAGAGAUGCUUAUAAAUUGUUUGCUUUUACAGUGUUUGUGGGUGUGUGUAUGAUAUUGGUGUACAGAUUAACACACAUGCCACAACCAGAAGAGCCAGGAAGAUGGGCUUGGAUUGGUUUUUUCAUGGCCGAGCUCUGGUUUAGUUUCUAUUGGAUUUUCACUCAAUCUGUUCGUUGGAACGUGGUUUACCGUUACCCUUUCAAAGCCAGACUCUCUUCCAGAUAUGAGGACAAAAUGCCUGGGGUUGACAUUUUUGUUUGCACAGCGGAUCCCAAGUUAGAACCACCAACGAUGGUGAUAAACACCGUUUUGUCUGUCAUGUCAUGCAAUUUCCCACCUGAAAAAUUGAGCAUUUACCUUUCAGACGACGGUGGAUCAGAAUUGACCUUCUAUGCUCUUGUAGAGGCGUCUCAGUUCGCUAAAUAUUGGAUACCCUUUUGCAAGAAAUUCAAGGUGGAACCAAGGUCCCCCGCGGCCUACUUUGCACAGAAUUCUGGCUCACGAGAUGUUGCAUUUGCACAAGAAUGGUUGGUUGUUAAGAAGCUUCAUGAGGAGAUGAAAAUGCGGAUUGAGACAGCUAUCGGAAAAGGUAGCAUUUCAAAAGAUAUGAAGGAUCUACAUGAAGGAUUCUCGGAGUGGAACUCCAAGGUGACAAAACAAGAUCAUCAGCCAAUCGUCAAGAUUUUAAUUGACGGAAGGAACCCCGGUGCAGUGGAUAUUGAUGGACAUAUAUUGCCAACGCUUGUGUACUUGGCACGAGAGAAGAGACCACAGUGGCCUCAUAAUUUUAAGGCUGGUUCAAUGAAUGCAUUGAUAAGAGUGUCUUCUAUGAUAAGCCAUGCCCCCAUCAUCCUCAACUUGGACUGUGAUAUGUACUCGAAUGAUCCAGAUGCAGUACGAGAGGCAUUAUGCUUCUUCAUGGAUGAAAAGCGAGGACAUGAGAUAUCAUAUGUGCAACAUCCACAGCGCUAUGAAAAUAUUACCAAGAAUGACAUUUAUUCAAAUGCAUGCAAUGUACUUAAUAAGGUUGAGCUUGCUGGCGCAGAUGGAUAUGGUACAGCUUUUUACUGUGGCACUGGAUGCUUCCACCGGAGAGAUAGCCUUUGUGGAAGGAAGUGCUCUAAGGAUCUCAAAGCUGAGUGGAACAUUGUGACUGAUCAAACUAAAAAGAGAAAUGUAAACGAAUUAGAAGAAGCAUCAAAAGCUCUUGCAACUUGUAGCUAUGAGAAGGGUACUCAGUGGGGGAAAGAGAUGGGACUGGUGUAUGGGUGUCCAGUGGAGGAUAUCGUCACAGGCUUAACAAUACAGUGCAGGGGUUGGAAACCAGUAUUCUACAAUCCAGAUAAAGCAGCUUUUUUGGGUGUUGCUCCAAAUACCCUAGAUAUAGCACUUGUUCAACACAAAAGAUGGUCUGAGGGCUUUUUUCAGAUUUUCUUAUCCAAGUAUUGCCCCUUCAUAUAUGGGCAUGGGAAGAUAAAAUUAGGUGGCCAAAUGGGAUAUUGUGUUUACCUUCUGUGGGCUUCUGUUUCAAUUCCCACAUUGUAUUAUGCAAUGAUGCCUUCUAUUUGCUUGCUCCGUGGUAUUGCUAUAGUACCAGAGGCAUCGUGCCCAUGGUUCCUGCCUUUUGCAUAUGUUUUUAUUGGAAGAAAUGCUGGUAGCUUAGCCGAAGCUCUGACCUGUGGAGAUACACUUAAAGCAUGGUGGAACAGCCAAAGAAUGUGGUUGAUUCGGAGGACAACUUCUUAUUUUUUUGCAUUCUUCGAUACUAUUACUAGGCAAUUGGGGUUUUCUGAAACAACAUUUGCCAUCACGGCCAAGGUGGUGGAUGAUGUUGUGUUGAAGAGGUACGAGCAAGAGAUAAUUGAGUUCGGAACCUCAUCUAUAAUGUUUACCAUCACUUCAACAAUAGCAUUGCUGAACCUCUUCAGUUUUGCUUGGGGUAUCAAGAUUGCUCUUUUGGAUUGGAAUUUGAGGGCUGUUGAACAUCUGAUUCCACAAAUUAUUCUUUGUUGGCUUAUAGUAAUGAUCAAUAUACCUGUCUACCAAGCGCUCUUCUUCCGCAGUGACAAGGGCCACAUACCAUCGUCGGUUAUGUUCAAGUCCAUUGCAGUUGCCUCACUAGCUUGUUUGUUGGCUGUUUGCUAGAACAAAGAUAUUGCAGCCUUUUCUACUUGUGUUAUUGCAACAAAUAUGUCUAGGCUGGUGUAGUUUUGCAUUCUUCAGUCCUUACUUCUUAUAGAACCAUACCAGUUUAACAGAAAUUACAGUUCAGGAAUGCCAAGUUAUUAUAUGUUCUCUCACUGUAAAGUAAUUUUGUUUCCACUGAUGCUAUUGGGACAUAAUUUGGGGACCUAAUAUAUUAUAACCAAUGGAUUGAUAGUGUUGGACAGUGUUCGACCCAGUGAUAAUUUAGUGUUAAGAUCCAUU